CGAUGGCCUAAACUAAAGCAAGUAAUAAAAAUGUCUAAAUCCAAAGAUGUUGCAAAGAAUUACCAGCAAGUGUCGCUUUUUCAAAGAGAGGAAGGGAAAAAACUGAUCGAUGAUCUAGAGAUUCAUCGCGGACAUGUUAUCCUAGAUUUGGGCUGCGGCACUGGAGAAUUGUCUGCGUAUCUUUCCGAGCUCGUAGGACAAGAUGGAAGAGUCGUUGCCGUCGAUCCCGACAGUUAUCGGGUAGAAGUGGCGCGAGAAUCACACAGGCAAGUCAAAAAUCUCGAAUUUCAUGAAGGAAGCUCUGCCAGCUUCCCAGGAGUGGGCUCGGAGACUUACGACGUCGUAUUUUCCAACUUUGUGUUGCACUGGAUUCAGGAUAAAGAAGAAGCAUUCAAGAACAUGUUUCGGAGCCUGAAACCAGCAGGGAAAAUUGUCUUGACUUACUCCGAUCACUCAGCUUCCAUCUACCAUAAAACUUAUAGAGAACUUCAAAACUCAGAAAGCAUGGAACGGUUGCUAAGCAAACUUUACUUCGAGAGAAAGUCAAAUAUUGAGGGCACGUGUUCGGCUGCGGGAUUCGACAUCGUGAAAAGUAUCGACGUCAAGAUGAAAGAUUUUGAGUUCGAAAAUGUUGAAAGUAUGUGCUUAUUUUUCUCGGCAAGUAAUCAAGGCAGGUUUGUUUCAGAGCUAGCCACGAAAGAUAAGGUAUCGAGGUUUUGUGCUAAGUACACAAGCGGGGAAACUCUAAACCGUUGACGGUUUAUACUGAUGAAGGAGAUUAUUAUUGCGUAUUGAUUGCAGCCAAACCAUAAAGAAAGUGUCGGCCUUUUAGAUUGUAAUUAAAAUUGCAAUUAAAGAAGGUUGUUCAAGUGUUUGGGUUCUGGUCGAA